AUGUCGACGGUUAAAGAGUCAAAGCCUAGUGAAGAAAUGAAUAUUGUAUGGAAAUCUGCGCAUGUAACGGGAGGAUUGAUACUCCUGUUAACCUACGUCGACGAUUCAUCUGUCGUACGUUUUGUGCGCAUGAUGCUUUUUCUCUAUUUUAUUCUGGCGAGUCUCGACUUGGCACUUCUUCGUUACCAUUAUUGGAAUUUCGAGCCAACGAAACCUGAGCUGAAACGGUAUGCAUUGAUCACUGGUGCAUCGUAUGGCAUUGGAAGAGAAAUGAGCUACUUGCUAUCGGAGCAAAAGUACUCACUUGUGUUAGCUGCACGAUCCGAAACACUGUUGGAACGAAUGCGAGCGGAAAUUGAGCUCGUGAAUCGACCGACGGAAGUCCUAGUGUGUGUAUGUGACUUGGCGACGACUGAAGGUAUUGCCAAGCUCAUCAAGUUUGUCAAGGACAAGCAACUUGUCAUUGAUAUUCUUGUGAACAAUGUGGGGGCGAGUUUUAAUCGGGACUUUACAAUGCUAAAGGAAAAGGAAGUGGAUGAACUCAUGACUCUCAACAUGCAAGUGAUGGUCAAGUUGACGCACUCGAUAUUACCGCAAAUGGUGGACCGCAAGAUUGGUCGUAUUUUGAACAUCAGCUCUAUGGCAGGAGCCGCUCCAAUACCCACCGCGGCGCUAUACAGCAGCAGUAAAGCUUUCGUGACCAGCUUUAGCCAGGCGUUAAGCUACGAAUUACGCUCGACGGGUGUUACGGUCUUGUGCUUAUGUCCAGGUCCCGUGGCAACCAACUUUUCCAAGACUGCAAGCAUAGAUAAAGCAUGCAUGACGUUGCCCGGACUCACUGCGGAUGCCAAGGAAACAGCCAAGAUUGCGCUGAAGGCCAUGUUUAACGGCGAAGUGCUGAUCUACGAUACGUGGUUUGCCUACUUGUCUGCAAACCUAGCGCAAUCUAUCCUUCCCGGUCGCCUGGCAACUUUAGCCUAUGGCGCUGGCAUGCACGAUUUCAAGAACAUAUGGCAGCUGGUCAAAAGAUAA